ACGUGUCGAUUUUUAUUAAUAUCUGCCCAGAUUGUAAAAAAGCACUAAAAUAAUAGUUAGUGAUAAUCUAACACAUAUCAGAUUACAUCUUCAUUUUUUUCGUACCGGUUUUCAUUUGAAGGAAUGCAGAUUGGUCACUUCUUGGGCCCCCUUCGCUGAAAGUCCAUGGAAAAAGAGAGUAUAAAAGAGAGUGCCUGCGGUGCAAAUGGAAGGGUUUCCUACUGUAGCCGGCUGCCGCUGGGAUUGCUCUCUCGUUGUAUGCACUGGCUCUCCAGAGUGCAUGUAGGCUCGCAAACUCCCUCUCAGUCCUUCCUGGCUGUCGGUGGUGACAAGUACACCCGAGUUUCAACGGCUUCUGUCUCAUCCCCUCCCCCCUCCCCAGACCCAUCUUCCUUCCUUCUCUUCCAUCCCUCCUCUUUCUCUGUCUCUCCAAUUUCAAUUCAUACUGAUUUCUCCUCUAUCCGUCUAGCCUCCCCUCCCCACCUUCCUCACUAACCAAUAGAUGCCCGGCCAGUAAUGGAGGAUUUCCUACCCGACAUGUAAGCGAACGUUCCCUUCAGCCGGCGGAUCCUUCCUUCGUUUGAAAAGACAAAACAAAAACAGCAACAACAAAACAAGGGGAAAAAAGGCUGAAGAAGGACAGGGGAAGAUUCGGCCUCUGCACUCAGUGGAAGCCAAAAUGUCGACUAGAACGCCAUUGCCCACAGUGAAUGAGCGAGACACAGAAAAUCACACUUCACUUGAUGGAUAUGGUGAAUCACAAAGCCAGCCCUCCAAAUCAAGUAGCAGGCAAAAUCUGCCACGAUGUAGGAACUCGGUGGCAUCUACGACCGAAGAGCAACCCCACGUUGGAAAUUAUAGGCUGCUAAAGACUAUCGGCAAGGGAAACUUUGCAAAAGUAAAAUUAGCACGACAUGUUCUAACUGGAAGGGAAGUUGCUGUUAAAAUAAUUGACAAAACUCAGCUCAAUCCUACCAGUCUACAAAAGUUCAAGCUUUCCAAACGACUUAAAAAGCUCUUUCGAGAAGUAAGAAUUAUGAAGAUUUUGAAUCAUCCCAAUAUAGUGAAAUUAUUUGAAGUAAUUGAAACUGAGAAGACGCUGUAUUUAAUUAUGGAGUAUGCAAGUGGGGGAGAAGUUUUUGAUUACUUAGUUGCACAUGGAAGAAUGAAAGAAAAAGAAGCAAGGGCAAAGUUUAGACAGAUUGUUUCGUCGGUAGAAUACUGUCAUCAGAAGUGUAUUGUACAUAGAGAUCUCAAGGCAGAAAAUUUGCUGCUUGAUGCAGAUAUGAAUAUAAAAAUUGCAGAUUUUGGCUUUAGUAAUGAAUUUACAAUUGGUAGCAAAUUAGACACAUUUUGUGGAAGUCCACCAUAUGCAGCACCAGAGCUUUUUCAAGGAAAAAAAUAUGAUGGCCCAGAGGUAGAUGUUUGGAGUCUCGGCGUCAUCCUUUACACAUUAGUUAGCGGAUCUUUGCCUUUUGAUGGGCAAAAUUUAAAGGAAUUAAGGGAAAGAGUGUUGCGAGGAAAAUAUCGUAUUCCUUUCUACAUGUCAACUGACUGUGAAAACUUGCUCAAAAAACUCCUGGUAUUAAAUCCUGCCAAACGAGGCAGUUUGGAACAAAUUAUGAAGGAUAGAUGGAUGAACGUUGGUUUUGAGGAGGAGGAAUUAAAACCAUACAGUGAACCAGAACCUGACUACAGUGAUCCCAAACGAAUAGAAACGAUGAUCACUAUGGGUUUUCCAAGAGAAGAAAUUACUCAAUCCCUUGUGGGACAGAAGUAUGAUGAAGUCAUGGCCUGCUAUCUAUUAUUAGGCAGGAAACCUCCAGAGUUUGAAGGCAGUGAAUCUGUAUCCAGCAGUAACCUGUGUCAAAGGUCUCGACCCAAUAGCGAUCUCAACAACAGCUCUACACAGUCCCCUGCACAUUCGAAGGUCCAGCGCAGUAUAUCAGCGAAUCAGAAACAGCGGCGGUUUAGUGAUCAUGCUGGUCCAUCAAUCCCACCUGCUGUGUCAUACACCAAGCGAACUCAAGCAAACAGUGUCGAAAGUGAGCAGAAGGAAGAGUGGGACAAGGACCUGGCUCGCACCGCUGUGGGUUCCAAAGCGGAUGUCCCUGCAAGCCCACUUGCAGGUCUUGAAAGGAAGAAAUCUAUGACUGGUCCAAGUAACAACAUGGUUCCAGGUAUGACAAGAAGAAACACUUAUGUUUGCGAGCGAUCCACUGGAGAUCGGUAUUCUGCGGUGCAGAAUGGAAAAGACAGCAGCCUAACUGAAAUGUCUGCUUGUGCAAGCAGUACUUCCACAUCCAUCGCAAGUCCUGCAGGAUCUUCUGGAGUACCUUCAGCCCGCCCUCGACACCAGAAAUCAAUGUCAGCUUCUGGUCAUCCAAUCAAGGUCACUCUGCCUUCCAUAGAUGAUGGCAGUGAAGGUUACCGAUCCAGCUCUGCAGCUCAAAGGGUACCUGCUGCUUCCCCUUCUGCACAUAGUAUUAGCACUGCAACUCCAGAUCGAACCCGCUUCCCCAGAGGUAGCUCUAGCCGAAGCACUUUUCAUGGGGGACAGCUGCGGGAACGCCACACUGCCACGUACAAUGGACCACCAGCUUCACCAACACUGUCACAUGACACUGGUGCCCUUUCACAAGCUCGAAGAGGAACUUCAACUGGUAUCAUAAGCAAGAUCACAUCCAAAUUUGCCCGCAGGGGCCCGAGCGAAGUUGAAGGCAGUGGCAGAGCUGACACUGCAAGGAGUAUGUCAGGAGAACCAAAGGACAAAGAAAGAGAUGACAGCAAAGAUGCAAAACCAAGGUCUUUGAGGUUCACAUGGAGCAUGAAGACAACUAGUUCAAUGGAUCCCAAUGAUAUGAUGCGAGAGAUUCGAAAGGUGCUGGAUGCUAAUAACUGUGACUAUGAGCAACGAGAAAGGUUCCUUUUGUUCUGUGUUCAUGGCGAUGCUCGACAGGACAACUUGGUUCAAUGGGAAAUGGAGGUCUGCAAGUUGCCACGUUUGUCUCUAAAUGGUGUUCGUUUUAAGCGAAUAUCAGGAACGUCUAUAGCAUUCAAGAACAUUGCAUCCAAAAUUGCUAAUGAGCUGAAGUUGUGAAGAAAAACUAUAAUAUGAGAUCAGGGAAGUUUCUUGUAUGAUAUACAAUUCACUCAUGAAUGUACUGGUAUUAUUGCUAAUGUGCGUGAGUUUUGCCACCAAUCCCACUUCCUCCCUCAUACCAAUAAACGGUUAGAAAUUUCCGUCGCAAUAAGGUUAUAUAUAUUGUGAUUAUAAAUUGUAAAACCUGGAUCCGUAUGGCUUAUUGUGAAUUAGCUUUAACGAAUUGUGAUCUUAUUUCCACAUGUACAGGUAAGUAUAUUGAGCAUUGUCACAGCUUAUGUUCAUAUAGUUGUACAAUAAAAAGUAAUACCUAACAUCUACAGGUACUGUAUAGUUGUGUCCUGAUUUAUGUACAGAAAUGCUCAUUUUAGUGUUCCAUGUGUUUUUGAGCUUGAAAUUCUUUAGCACUAAAUACAUUUUGGGUGUUAGAUAAAUAAAAGUUUGUGAUUUCA